UUUGUAAAAAGGAGUCACAUCCUGCUGUCUCCUGUCUCAUCCAGUGGUUUGACGCAGCACCAAGCCGGACGUGCCCGCAGUGCAGAAUCCAGGUCAGCAAAAGACACAUAAUCAAUAAGCUGUUUUUUGAUGUUGCCUUGGAGGAGCAGACAGCACCAGAUGCAGAGACAUUGCAGAAUGAACUGGACAAGGUGAAGGCUCAGCUCUCUGUGAAAGAGAAAGAAAAGCGGGAAUGCCAGGCCAUUGUGGAUGGGCUGAGGGACACUCUGGAUGUGCGCAAUGCCACAAUAGAGUCGCUCCAGAAGGUUCUGGCAGAGACAGAGAUGCUGUGCUCCUCUCUCAAGAAGCAGAUGAAAUUCCUGGAGCAGCAGCAGGAGGAUAACAGGAGUUCAAAGGAGGAGGCCCGCCGUCUGCGAAACAAGCUGAGAACCAUGGAGCGGAUUGAGCUGUUGCUUCAGAGCCAGCGCCCCGAAGUGGAGGAGAUGAUCAGAGAGAUGGGAGUUGGGCAGGCAGCAGUGGAACAGCUUGCAAUCUACUGCAUCUCGCUGAAAAAGGAAUAUGAAAACUUGAAGGAGGCUCGGAAGAUCUCUAGUGAGAUGACAGAGAAGCUGAAGAAGGAGCUGUUUUCUGUCAACAGCAAGUUUCAGAAAACAGUUUCAGAGUUGGAGAAGACAAAGGAGGAGUUAAAAAGCACCCAGAAGGAUCUGAAGAAUGCAGACAAGGAGAUCUUGAGUUUGAAGAAGAAGAUAGACAUCCUGCAGGAUACUCUGAAAGUCCCAUCUGUAACCAGAGAGACACUCAGCCGACUAGUCUUUGAAAGCCCUCCUCCUGUGGAACUGCGGCACCCGAAGCUCCACCGCCCGGCCAACAGUGAUGAGAUCAAUCUAGAUGCUACUUUUGAUGUGGACACCCCUGAACAUCAGCCCUGUAGAUCUCCCUUCAGCCCUGCAAAAAGGCAGAAGCUGGAUAAAAAGCCGCCCCCUGUGGUAAAUCUGGCGAAGAAAGUUCUGAAGGAAACAGUGGAGAACUGGGCAGAUGAUCUGGAGGAUGAUGCUCUUAAAGGACUCUUGCCAGCAUUCAUCAGGAACUCUGUUCUCUCCAAGAAGCCAUCUUCGAGUGGCUUGCUGGGUACCCACAAGAACAUGGGCACUGUGAGGAUGGGGUACGAUGGCUUGGGAGGCAGAACAAAGUUCAUACAGCCUACAAACCUGGCAGAAAUCCGUCCGUUAGCAGUGAGAAGCAAGAAAAAGAAUGUCUCCAGGCCAGUGUCUGCAGCUCCCUCUGUACCUUCCUCCAGCAGCAGCCAAGCCAGGCUGGACAGUUUCCUGCAGUGA